GUGCUAAUGUUUCAAUCGUGGUUUCAACCAUCAAGAAUCUCUGUACAAAAAGCUUUACUGUUUGAAAAACUAUUCCAUACUACUGAAAUUCUGAAUAUAUAAAUAAUUUGCUAUUACGUUUCACAUCAUUUGCAUCUGGAAAAUCGCUGAUCGCAUGUGACAUUCGUGAAAUCAGCAUUUCAACAAACCGGGAUAUUUGUCAUUUUCGUGAAGCUCGUCACGUGGCUUCCCAUGAUGCACCGGGGCGCGUGUAUCGUAUCGUGACGUGUCGUCGUUCGGUCAGAUUCUCCGAGUUUACGUGGAAGAGUGUGUUAGCGGCGUCCGUUCCCGUCACUCGUUGUUAGCUAUCUGUCCGCGGUGCAGUUCGUCUGUAAUCGUCGUUAAAGAAUCCAUCUGCGCCCAUCCACUGGGUUUUGCUAAGAAGAACCUUUGACUUUACAUCAACUUCGUUACAGUCAAAAUCAAACAAAAUGCCUGCAGCUCCAAGUUCCACAUCUGUUGGGGCAGGAGGACGAUCCCCUAGCAAAGUAGUUGCUCCAAGAGCCAGUGGUGGAGGCACAGUUAGACAGCGAAAAACAGCUCCGGCUACCUCAGCCAGAAAUCGCAACACCGGCACGAGCUCUGGUGGCAUGUGGAGGUUUUACACCGAUGAUUCUCCUGGCAUUAAAGUUGGACCUGUACCAGUGUUAGUGAUGUCUCUUCUGUUCAUCGCAUCUGUUUUUAUGCUCCAUAUUUGGGGAAAAUACACUCGCUCCUAAUUAUCCUAAAUAAUGACGUGCAAAUUAAAAAUUAAACUGAGAUAAGACAUGAACUAUGCCCUGUGUGAUUUGUGCAUAAUGAGUAAUCGUUACCUAUAUCAUAAUGUACGGAGCAAGGAAGAACACUUUUUCAAAAAAAAAAUUCAAAAUCAAUCACACACGUACAGAAUCUAAACAAAAAGAACUGUGCCCUCCAAUGGACAACGUCAAAUGUACGAAUGCAAUAUAAACUUCCAUUGUCAAACGUGACUAAAGCGAUAUAUUUAUUACACAUGUAGCGCACAACGGCGAUCCCUUGUCAUUGGCUUGCUGUGUGAAAUGAAAAUUAAAAAAAAUUAUUGUAUUAGGCUCUCAAACACAUUUACGAUAUUAUAGAGAGAGCAGUUAUAUACUGUCUCAAAUGUCAUUCCAAUGAUUUUACACGAAAAUUUCAGCUUCCCAAUUCAACAUACCAUGUAAAAUAUUAUACAAAUAAUGAAAUAUGCGUCUAAAUUACGAGUAUGAAGAUCGCCUCAUGUAUGGAAACUUAAGAAUAAUUCAACAAACUAAUCGUUCGUAACUGGCGAGAAUUUCUCGUUUCACUUGUACCGAUUGAUAAUGAUGAUUAAUUUAUUUUAUACGUAAAAUGAAAACGGUGGUAAUAAAUAUCAAAUAUAUUGUUGCAGA